AUGAGGGAUCUAGAAGGGUUGCAGUCUGUUCUGGCUGCGUCGGGAGACUUUACGCCCAAUUCUGACCCUUCUAGUCGUUUAUUAUCACAAUCACAUCAACCAUUCUGCGGCGAUGCGGAGGGUUGGGGCCCAGUGAGCUCCCUGCGAUGGGACCUCACACCAUGCUUCCUUGACGUUUGGAUUCUGGGGGUCGCUCUUUGGGGUGUGCUAUUUGGUGCUGGAGCUUUGUGGUAUUUGUUCACCAAACGCAUCGCCCAGGAUGUACCCAAAAACUGGCAUUUCCAUACAAAACUAGCCGUCCUCGGUGCCAUUAUCCUCACGACCGCCCUUCAGGCCUCUCUGCAGAUCGAACAAUUACCUGGUGUUUGGUUUCAAGACAUCCGAUUCUAUACCUCGAUCGCCACAAUUAUCUCGCUCCUAGUCAUCGCCACGAUACAAUACCAUGAGCAUUCGCGGUCGCGGAAUCCAAAUGGCGUUGUGCUGUUCUACUGGGUCUUCUUCAUUCUGGCUUACGGAGUGAAGCUGCGUUCGCUGGUGGCGAGGAAUUCAUACAAGGAUCGGCUUCCAUACUUCAUCACAUUCAACAUCAGUCUCGGCCUAGCGGUGGUGGAGUUCAUUCUUGAAUAUCUGGUUCCGAAGAAGCAGAGCGUUUACGAUGCGCUGGGGGCGGAUGACGAGUGUCCAUAUGAAUAUGCCGACAUUUUCUCGGUUCUCACUUUUGGCUGGAUGACACCUCUGAUGAAGUUUGGCUAUAACAAUUUCCUCACCCAAGAUGAUCUGUGGAAUUUGCGAAAUCGCGAUACUACCAAGGUCACCGGAGACAAGUUGCAGAAAGCUUGGGAGAUCGAGCUGGAAAAGAAGAGACCAAACCUGUGGAUCGCUUUGGGUAGAGCAUUUGGAGGGCCAUAUCUACGCGGAGCACUGAUAAAAACCGUCAGCGAUUGUUUGGCAUUUGUCCAGCCCCAACUGCUUCGACUUUUGAUUCAAUUUGUCAAUUCUCAUCGGUAUGCCGAACCUGAACCAGCGAUCCGGGGGGUCGUCAUUGCGUUGGCCAUGUUUGCGACUUCAAUCUGCCAGACCGCCGCUCUGCAUCAGUACUUUCAGCGUGCUUUCGAGACUGGCAUGCGGAUCAAGUCCUCGUUGACUGCCAUGAUCUAUUCAAAGUCACUGCGGUUGUCAAAUGAGUCGAGAGCUACAAAAUCCACCGGCGACAUCGUUACAUACAUGAGCGUUGACCAACAACGACUAGCCGACCUUGCUCAAUGGGGCCAACAGCUAUGGUCAGCACCGUUCCAAAUCACCCUGUGUAUGAUCUCGCUAUACCAAUUGGUGGGAGUCUCAUGCUUGGCCGGGGUUGGAGCCAUGAUUGUCAUGAUUCCUAUCAAUGGCUUCAUCGCGAGAUUCAUGAAGAAGCUGCAACUGUCGCAGAUGAAGUACAAAGACCGUCGCGCCCGACUUAUGACAGAGAUUCUCAACAACAUGAAAAGCAUCAAGCUCUAUGCGUGGGGCUCUGCGUUCAUGGACAAAUUGAGCCAUGUGCGCAAUGAUCUCGAGUUGAACAACCUUCGCAAAAUCGGCGCAGCACAAUCGUUCGCGACCUUUACAUGGUCUUCAACACCUUUUUUUGUGUCGUGCUCGACCUUUGCGGUUUUCGUCCUUGUCAACAACAAACCAUUGACAACGGAAUUGGUGUUUCCAGCUCUGACUUUGUUCAAUCUAUUGACGUUCCCCCUCACAGUACUCCCUAUGGUUAUCACCAGCAUCAUCGAGGCAUCAGUGGCCGUGGGCAGAUUGACUGCCUUCUUCACCACGGACGAGCUUCAGGAUGACGCGGUGAGAUUUAUCGACGAGCCCCCAAAACAAGCCGGGGAUGUGUCCGUCUCUAUCAAGGAUGCUACUUUCACUUGGGACAAGAAUGCAGGCAAGAAUGUCCUCCAGAAUAUCAACUUCACCGCCAACAAAGGAGAACUGACCUGCAUCGUUGGUCGAGUGGGGGCUGGAAAGUCGUCGUUGUUGCAAGCUAUGCUUGGUGAUCUCUACAAAAUCAGUGGCGAGACGGUUGUCCGAGGUCGGAUUGCUUAUGCGGCACAGUCGGCCUGGAUCAUCAAUGCUAGCGUCAAGGAGAACAUUGUCUUUGGGCAUCGAUGGGAUCCUCACUUUUACGAGCAAACAGUCAAUGCCUGUGCUCUUGUUGAUGAUUUCAGACAACUUCCGGAUGGAGAUCAGACAGAAGUAGGAGAACGUGGCAUAUCUCUGUCUGGGGGCCAAAAGGCUCGACUUUCCCUAGCGCGAGCCGUGUACGCAAGGGCAGAUGUCUAUCUUAUGGACGAUGUUCUCUCUGCUGUUGACCAACAUGUCGGACGCCAUUUAAUCAACAAUGUGCUAGGCCCCAAUGGGCUUCUGAACGGAAAAGCGAGGAUUCUGGCUACUAACGCAAUCACUGUUCUCAAGGAGGCAGACUAUAUGUACCUUCUUCGCGAGGGCACCAUCCUCGAAAAGGGAACAUAUCAACAACUCAUGGCUAUGCGAGGCGAAAUUGCAACGCUGAUCAAGUCCGCUACCGCAGAAGAGGCCGAGUCCGAGGGGGAACGCAGCCCAAGCAUAGAAGGAAUGGAGUCCGACGACUCGACAACCAUCGUCGGGGCCAACGGUGGCAGCAUUGAGGACGAACUAGAUGACGAGGAGGUCGAGGAAUCGCAACAAGAAGUCGGCGGGCUGGUACCUAUCCACGCCGGACCCAGUGGUCCCUCGAAAGCCCGCAAAUCCAGCUUCAAUACUCUCCGUCGUGCUUCGACAACCAGUUUCCACGGACCUAUGGGCCGUCUCACAGAUGAAGAACAUGGUGGUGCACAACUGAAGAGCAAGCAGACCAAAGAAAUUGCCGAGCAGGGUAAAGUGAAAUGGUCAGUCUACACAAGCUACGCGAAGGAAAGCAAUCUCGUCGCUGUGGGGAUAUACUUCCUCGCUCUCCUGGCCGCUCAAACGGCACAGGUUGGAGGCAGCUUCUGGUUAAAGAGGUGGUCCGAGAUCAACGAGUCGCACGGAUCGAACCCCCAGGUCGGAAAGUACAUUGGCAUUUACUUUGCAUUUGGCAUCGGUGGUGCCGGACUGGUCGUCAUUCAGGCUUCGAGAAAACUACACGAUCGCAUGGCAUACGCAAUAUUCCGAUCACCCAUGAGUUUCUUUGAUACCACUCCAGUGGGACGCAUCCUGAACCGAUUCUCAAGUGACAUCUACCGUGUUGACGAGGUUAUCGCACGAACAUUUAACAUGCUCUUUGUCAAUACCGGUCGCGCACUUUUCACAAUCGGCGUCAUUGCUGCUUCAACGCCGAUCUUCCUGGUCAUGGUGCUGCCUCUGGGCUUCAUCUACAUCAUCUACCAGAAAUACUACCUCCGCACCUCGAGGGAGCUGAAACGGCUUGACAGCGUCAGUCGCAGUCCGAUCUAUGCACACUUCCAGGAGUCACUGGGUGGCGUUUCCACCAUUCGUGCAUAUCGCCAACAGAAGAGAUUCGCUCUGGAGAAUGAGUGGCGCAUGGAUGCCAACCUGCGGGCAUACUUUCCCUCGGUUAGCGCCAAUCGCUGGCUGGCCGUCCGACUGGAAUUCAUUGGGUCUGUCAUUAUCCUUUCAGCUGCUCUUUUCGCCAUUAUCUCGGUGGCAACUGGAAGCGGCCUGUCGUCUGGCAUGGUGGGCCUUGCGAUGUCAUAUGCCCUGCAGAUCACUCAAUCCCUGAACUGGAUUGUCCGCCAGACGGUCGAAGUGGAGACGAAUAUCGUGUCGGUUGAGAGAGUCCUGGAGUACGCCAGCCUGCCCAGCGAAGCUCCUGAUGUCAUUUUCAAGAGCAGACCGAGCAUUGGAUGGCCCGCACAAGGGCAGAUCACCUUCAAGAAUUAUUCUACGCGAUAUCGCGAAGGUCUGGAUCCCGUCUUGAAGGAUAUCAACCUCAACAUCAAGCCUCACGAAAAGAUUGGGGUGGUCGGGCGCACGGGAGCAGGCAAGAGCUCAUUGACAUUGGCGCUCUUUCGGAUUAUCGAGCCGAUAUCUGGCGCUAUCAGUAUCGACGGGCUCAAUACUUCAACGAUUGGGUUGCUAGAUCUGCGACGGCGGCUUGCCAUUAUCCCUCAAGACGCCGCGUUGUUCGAAGGCACGAUUCGUGAUAAUUUGGACCCGCGCCAUGUGCAUGAUGACACCGAACUGUGGAGUGUGCUCGAACACGCUCGUCUCAAGGAGCAUGUCUCAAGCAUGCCAGGCCAAUUGAACGCCGCCAUUCUCGAAGCUGGUUCCAAUCUAAGUCAAGGCCAGCGUCAACUAGUCUCCCUGGCGCGGGCGCUACUCACACCCAGCAAUAUCCUGGUGCUGGAUGAGGCAACAGCAGCGGUGGAUGUGGAGACAGACAGAAUGCUUCAGGCCACGCUUCGAAGCACCAUUUUCCAGAACCGCACCAUCAUCACCAUUGCACAUCGCAUCAAUACCAUCCUGGACUCGGAUCGUAUCGUAGUGCUGCAACAAGGGCGGGUAGCGGAGUUUGACACCCCAGAAGAGUUGAUCAGGAAGCGGGGCCUAUUCUACGAGCUUGUGCGUGAAGCUGGGCUGCUCGACGGGUUCGGCAAUGGUACUGCGAAUGCAGACCAGCAUUAG